GCUUAAUUGGCACAACAGCGCCACUUUUGAUCUACCGUUCAUAUUACUAAAAAAACAUAAGAUAGAAAUGAAUAGACAGUGACUAGUAAACUCCACAACAACCCUAAAACGACAAUAGAGCCGCCGGUCAUAUGUUGAAGGUAAAUACGUGAGCUUUGUUUGGCCAGGUAUCGUUUAAUUUCGCUUGAAAGUGAGGCUAAUAACAACUGUUAAGAGGCUUGUCAGUACAUCACUGCCAACGGUUGCUAGGAGCUUAGCUUGCUAACGCUGCUUUGGUUUACAGUAGAAGCUUUGCUCAACGCUGGAAAGACUAUUUUCUGACGAAUGAGAAAUACCAAACUUAACAUUCUUCUUUAAACUGCAGUAUUUUGGGACUGUGUUAAGCCAGUAGAUCUUUCAUAAAGGAAUGAUAAAUGUUUGCCCUGAGUAGUUUGAAGGGGAAAAAAAAAUCUCAAACAGUCUUACUACAACAUUAUUUAUUCACCGAUUUUAAAUGAUAAACAUUGUGCAUACAUUUGAAUAGCACACUUUAGCACACAUUUCUUUAAGUGUGUUUGGAAUCAAUAUUUAAAUACCCAAAUUGUGACCUUAUCCCGUAGGUAACUGUUAACACAUAUCAGAAACGGAUCAGGGGCAGCUUAAGUUUUCACAAGCAAGUAAUCUCCCCAAGUAUAUAUGAGCAUGAUAACAAAUAAAUUAUUAGAAAUAACAUCAAAUACUACAAGUCAAGAAUCAAAAAUGACCACUCCUAUGGUCAACUAUACACGGGGUAAGUUGACCAUAGGAGACCACUUUUUUUGGCAUGCUGUAUUUUCAAGACAGUUAUGUUUACAGUCAUUCAGUUGGUUUGCAGGGAUGCACAACAUCUUGAAAUGUAUGCAGAUACAUUAGUUAGAGACAAAACUAUGAUUGCCUUGAUGUAGUGAUCCAAAAUAUGAAAAAUGGCUCAUCUUGCCCCACUCGCCCCUAAACUUGCUGACAAAAAUGUCUUGAGACAACACUUAACUGUCCAAAAACAGACUUUACUUUUAACUAGAGAAGUAGAUUGAUUCAGUGGAAGAUUUCUUCUCAAAACUCACUGUGACGUAGGAGACUUCUCCUGACUUUUCAUCUGUAUAUAUGUUUCCAGGUCAAAGAUGGUUCAAGACAGCGCCCAGAUUCGGCGGCAAGGUGCCCAGGACUUCAUGGCAUACUAUGACUUUGCCUGUGCCAGACAGGAAUCCAUUCCCCUUCCUGCUGUUAAACUAAACCUUGACAAGGGAAUGCUGGACUUUAAUGGAGACAGGGUUAAACUCACAGACUGGCCACCCAUUCUUAACUCUAUCACCAUCAACAAACACUUGCACCAUAUUGCAAUAAGUAGCACAUACCAGGCUAGUCUUGGCUCUGGAGAUGCAGGUAAGGAUUUAAAAAAAAACCCUGAUACAUAAAAAAAAUAAUAACCUUUACUUACUGACUAAGAUAAUGGAUAACCAAUAAUAUUGAAACACGGACUUGAAUAAAUUACAAUUUUUGACAAAAAUAAUUAAUCAUGUCACUUGGGUUUUAGAAAGAAGAUACUUAAAAUCUAACUUCAAGAAGAAGAUCCCAGUUAUUCGCUCCAAGGACAUGACAUUUAAACUAUGUAAGGCCCUGAGGGAGUGUCUGACUGUCUCGCCCAGCCUCAAGACUUUGCAGCUUAAUGGACUUCCAUUAAGAGAGAGGGAUCUCAUCACCCUGACAAAGGUAUAGCAAAGUCAGACUGUGAUCUACUGUGUGAAAAUAGAAGUUAAAAAAGAAAUCUUACACACAAUGACGAGCUCUAUUGCAUUUACACCCUAGCUUUAACUCGCCAACACAAAAUUUGUUCUCUUAGCUUUAAGUUUUAAUUAAUGUAAAUUCUGUAAAUGUUAAGGAAAACUGUCAUUUUGGAGGAAGGGGGGCAUAUUAGUUGGAUGUGUGAGACAAAAUGAGUGACGUUGGUAAGAAUGUUUUUGUGAGCCAUAUCUGUUCUGUCCCAGGGUAUUGCAAAAAGUGUUUCCCUUGAAAACCUAUCGCUUGCUAACUGUCCAAUCACUGACGAGGGCUUGGAGGGUAUGUAUAUUCACAUGAAUAUUUCCUCCUAUUAACACGUAUGAUUUCACACAGUUGUAAUGAGUAUAAGCAUGUAAACAUGUCUUUAAAGCUGCAUUUUCUGUUAUGUUUCAGUCAUUUGCCAGAGUGUCAAGUAUUCUGUGAGCAUCAGGACGGUUGAUUUUACAGGAUGCAACCUCACCUGGAGAGGGGCAGAGCAUAUGGCCAACAUAAUCAAGGUAGUAUGAAAUGUAAUAAAAAAAAAAAAAAACUCUCAAACUAUCCUGGAACUUAUUAAAAGAAUUGCUGAAUGAAAAGUACUUAGUUUACAUGUACUAAAUCAUCUCUCAGCACCAGGGAAUGCAGAGGCACGGUACUGCAUGGGCAGAGUCUCUGAGGUAUCGACAGCCACAGUUUGAGGGAAUGAGAGGUCUCCGCCGAGUCACCCUUAACUGUAACACUUUGAUUGGAGACCGGGGUGCUGCUGCUCUUGCAAACGAACUAUCCGAGGACCUCUGGGUAAAAGGUGAGAGUGUAUUGGCUUUACAGGAACACUAGAAACAAUCAGAAGUAGAAAUGUAGUUUUGUUUUUUUUGUGACUGUCUUAUUAUCUGUUAUAUAGCUGUGGACUUACAGAGAUGCGGACUGUCAGAUGUGGGGGCUCGUCGUUUGCUGGAAGCCCUGAAAACAAAUACUGCUCUUUGUGUUCUGGAUAUUCGAAGUAACCCUUUAGUGGGUAAGAAACAACUCAACCAGAGUCAUAACAUCAUGUAAAAAUUUUACCUACCUUUUGAGCACUUUUUUGAGGUGACAGCCUUAGGAUAAUGUUAGAGCAUUGUUUUGAAGUUAUGCUAUAUUUAGCUGUGUGUCUCAUGCAUGCUAACUUGAGGGAUUUUUCUGUGCAGUAAUCACUUUUUAUUGUUUAUGUUACUUUAAUGCUGCGGUUAUUCUGAAACAAUCUUCAAAAAAGUAUUUUUUUUCUUUUGAUAGAUAAGGUCCUAAUUAAAACUGUGAUAGAGAAAGUGCUGAUGAACACUAAAGGACAGUCACCAGAGGUGGGUACCUGGUUAUAAUGUCAAAUUACGAGUAAAUAAAUGAUUUUCAUACAUACUUCAUGUUUGUUACCCAUCUGUUUUAUCAUACAGUACUCGUGGAUCAAGCCUGCAGCUACUGAGCUACAAAGAGCUUCUGGUGCAAGGAGGUGUUCACUACCCAUAACUGUCAGAGGAAAAGGCUCAGUGAGGAUAGGUUUGUGUACAAAUCUUUUGUAUUUGUCAUAUUAAACUGUGGCACCUGUUUGUAAUUCAAACAGUUCAUGCUAGUUUUCCUUGUAUACGGUUCAUAUUAUAGAUAGUUGUCAAGGUGAUAAGUACAGCCCCUAAAAUGUAUGUUUAAUCGUUUCUGUUUUCAAUGCUGGCAAAAUAUGUGUGACAUCACCUGUCUAUAAAAGGGUCUAGUAUUUACUGUAGGUGCUGGUUUUCAAUUUAUCUGUCUUAUUUAAUAUGUCUAGAUGUCAGUCAUUUUAAAUAAUUUUGUCAAUCUAUUUCUUUUAGUUAUGCAUCGAUUUAUGCUUAGACUUAGCUGAGAUGUAGAUCCCAGAGCCUCGAUCCUUUGCAAAUAGCAGCAAAUCCUGUAAUCUCAGAUUCCUGUGAAUCUAUUGGAGAUGGUGCCUAUGAUCUCACACAAACAUUAUCUCUUUCCAACACUCUGCCUUUUGGCUUUUAAGUCAUCUUGAGAACUGGUAAGAGUAAAAUUUAUAUCAAUCCUUUUCUCCCUUUGUAACUCCAGCCAGAACUGCUACCGGUGCAAGAAGAAACGUAAAAGUGAUGUGUCAGUGCCUGAUUUGUUUUGCUUAUUUUAGUAUGAAACACCCCUUGGAAACAGUAUUUUAAUGUUUUAUGACCUUCGUUUCAUGCAUGAAGUAACCUAUGCUACAUCUGUCUGCAUCUUGAUGGCCGUUAGAAGGACUCAAAAAGCAUAUUAAGGAAACCGACUCGUUCAUUUGGAGGCUUAUUUCAUGAAAAUGCUCUCGUGAAAGUGAAGUCAGUUGCCAGUGCUCUUAGAUGCCCUUCCUUUGUGUUCAAUUUUUGUUCAUGAAUUACCAAUCCUCAAAUGAUUCUCUUUCUGGUGCAGCUCCUCGUAAGGGUACCUCCUCAGGAGGACAGAGUUCAGGCGGUGCUCAGAAACGCUCUCGUCAUGUGCCUUGGCGUGCUGCUGCACGAGCUGAACGCCAGAGGUGAGGAGAUUUGCACUUACUCAUAGUUCAAAAAAGGUACUCAUGAAUUUUUUUUUUUUUAAUUUAUAAAAUUGAUGAAAAAAGUAAUCAGAGCAAAAAACAUAAAAAAAAUAUCUGGUGGUUUAAGGGCAACAUUUUGGAAACAUAUCUCAUAAGCUUUUUUGUUAUGAAUCUCUUUGUUGCAGAGGUAUGCCUCCUGGAGUUACAGUGAUGAAUCAAAGCUUUCAGGUUAGUUAUUUUUCUAUUUGUGUGUCUAGUUUGGAAUUAGUUCGACUUGCUCUGGUUGAACCAGAAACUGUAUUGAGAAGAAAAUGGAUGAAAUUCUCAUCCAGGAUGGUCACAUUUUGAGAAUCAUGACAUAAUUCUUUUUAAUUCAUCUUCAUCUGCUGAAAUCAGGGUGCAGCAACUGUGAAGGUGACAAUGGUGUCAGAUUCAGAGGGAGAUCAUGAAGAGGAGGAGGAGGAGGAAGAAGUGGUGAUUGAGGUAGGGCAGAUGUCACCUUCUCCGCGUCUUCAGGAUAGGAUCACUGGACGGGAGUUUUCACGUAUGCAGGUUGGUUACAUCUAACUGAUUCUUAAAGUAAAUCUUACUACCUUUGCUAACAGAGCAAGGAAAAGUAUUUUGAGUCAGUACUUUGAUGCAACCCGAGCACACUUUGUAUUUGUGUAUGUGCUGUUAUGCAUGCCCUGCAGAUGGAGCUAAAAGAGUGUCGUCUUAGGCUGGCAGAGGAGCGUAGGGCCAGGCUAAAAGCUGAGUCCAGGCUCAUGGAGGUGAGGAGAAUCUCAAAGAUACUUACGUACCAUUUAUUAGUUAUUUAUUUUUCUUUUGUCUUGAAUACUGCAAAGAUUUUGUGUAGUGGGCACCAGUUUGCAUUUCAUUAGGCUGCCUCCCUUAUUGUGAAAGUCUUGAAUCCAAAAGACAGCUCUGUAGAACAAAGAUGUAAUGAGUGACUUACUUGAACAUGCAGGUUUACUUACUCUCUUGCUCUAUUUUACAUAGUUUGAGUUGGAGAAUGCUCGUCUCCGUGACAACAACCUCUCCCUGUCAGAGGCCCUUAAAACAGCGGGCUUUGCAUCAGCACCACCUGCUCUCGGUGCUCUUGAAGAUGAGGCCGUUCUGGAGAGCAUUGAGAGCUCAUUUACUAAGUUCCAUGCUUUCUUGGAUCUCCUCAGGGAUGCAGGGUGAGUUUUGUUAAAACUGUGUGGUGAAACAUUUGUCUGUUUACUUCGACUCCACUGGAGUUAGUUUGUAUAGGUGCGGGACAGUGUUUCGUUAGCUCUAAAACGUGUAGUUUCAUUAUGAAUGUCUAAAUGAAUUUUUGUAUAUUAUUUUUUAAGAGAUAUUGUCCCAUUGUGGGUCUUGGGUUACACGCCCCAGUUUUAUUCUAACAAAAUCCAGAUAGGACUAGGAGAACAGCAACAACAGUUUUUCCUGAAAUGUCUUUAUCAUGGAAUUUGGUUUUGAUUUAAAAACACAUCAAUAACAUUGUUUAAGUCCACCACAUUACAUACCAAAGGUUUUAAAGCAGAAAAAUCAAAUAUUUUUUUCCCCAUCUUUCUGCCCGUUGAGGUGAAAGGGUAUUUCACACCAGGUUAUGAGGGGAGAAUGGCACAUUGUUGUAAUUCCGAGAAGACGUGUCAGUUUUUGUCAAUGAAUGUGUUAUUGUGGAGUCAUGUUUUAUUUCACUUUCAUUCUGACAUUCCCUUUAACAACAAGUGUGUUUGUUCUGGUUCUGAUGGAAACCUGGUACAGAGCCUUCUUCAAAAGAGAGACUGAAUUUCCCUCUGACAAAAGCACCACUUUGAUGUAUUUUGACUGUUAUUGUUUUGUCUCAUGCCUUUCCCUCUUGCAUUGUUUUUCCCGGGACUAGAACUUACGGACGCUGAGCAGUUUUAAAAGCGGGGUUGUCACAGGAGUGUGUGUGUAUUCUGUUUUCUUUUUUCUUUACUUUGGCAUUUACUUUUCAGUUGUAUCUCAUUUUGUGGCUUUGAGAGUUUCUUUUAAACGUACCUUUUACCCUGACUCACUCAUUCGUUUAUACCAGCCACUGUUUUAUUCUUUCACCCAGUGGAAAGAAUCACACCAGUGCUCUGGCAGUCUCUCUUGACUCUACAGGACUUUUUCUUUUUACUAUUGUAGACAUGUCCUGGCUACUUUUAAAAAACAUGUUAAAAGAAAAGUUCACCACAGCUUAGGAAUCUUGUUUCCAUGGAUGUUUUUCACUCUAAGUUCAGCAUUUUAUUCCAUUUACUCUUGAAAACUGCCUGUAUGUGAGGGGACAUCCUCCAUUAUUUAGUACCUCAGUCUAUGUUGGUGAACUCCUCAGUUGAGCCUGAAUGAAACUCACUUACCGAAUUGAAUUUGAUGGGUUUCAUCUUUCUUUUUUUACAGCCUAGGUCAACUUGCUUCAAUGGCUGGUAUUGACAAAUCAGAUUUAACCCCACCAGGAAGACCUCAGCUCUCUUCUACAGUGGGACCUCCUGGUGGAGGUGAAGAAUCUUUGGCUGGUGGAGGGUAUCUGGAUGUCAGGGCAAAGACUGAUGCUUCUUUGGUAAGGGAUGGUAACAAAGUGGAAGAGAUUGCUCUGAUUUUAUAAGAAAUCAACAUUGUUUCAAACAAGUUUGUUACAUGUAUUUUUAAAGACUAUAAAGACGACAAAUUUCUCAGAAAUUACUUAAGUUUGAAGAAUGAAUUUUUCUGACUGCAGCUCAAAACUGUAUCCUGCAAGAACCCCUGUGCGCUAAAUACUUGUGUUUAGCAUUGAAACAGAAAGACUUUUAAAGUGGUGUAAACAGGAGCAUUAGUAUUCUGCCCUGAAAUGGCAGUAUGGUAGCACCUGUUGUCGUGCCAGAUAGAGCUAAUGUUAGCCGUGUUAAUACCAUCAAUCUCCUGUCCUCCUUGCAGGUUAUCGUCCUCAUGCCUGAGCUGUAUACAUAUUAAUCUGUCAGACACAUUUAUAUGGCAGUUUAAUCAAAUACAGCCAAAAUACAACUUAAGCUCUAUUUCUAGAUCAAAAUAUUGCCAUAUUUGCACCUUGUGGCCAGAUGCAAACUGUUAUCAGUGCUUGUUUACAUCUUGGUGGUAGAGCAUUAUAGUAUUAUAGUAGCAGCUAUUGCAAACUGAAGCCACAGCUCUCCGAGUGGCUGGUGGUUGAGCAGCUUUUUAUAUCAAUAAAUUGUGUAUUUGACUGAUAAUUCAGGUGCUGCUUAGUGAAGAUGAUGACAUUUAUAUCAGCCGACUACAAGCGCACAUCCCAGAUUUUUUAUUUGAAGCUUUCCUUAUAGUAUUCUGCAAAGGUGGAGAACAAAACAUAUUACUGACGAUACUUUGAGAAGUAUCCAGUCAUGUUUUAUCUGUACAAUAUAAUGUUUUCCACUGAUUUGUCUGUUUUAAGCGUCUCUUGUUGCCAUCUUUUUCUAACCAAGCUUUAAAUUUCUCUCUUUAGGAUGUGAACAUCUUGCCUACUCAGUCUGCUAAAGAGGCGGACACCCCCACUCCCAGAUCUCCAUCUUCUGUCAAGGGAUCCAUACAUGAGGACAUGCUGCUGGAUAAGACCUUCACUCAGGCUCGUGGACUGUCAGGUGACACUGGUGUGGGUGGUGAGGAAGAACCAGACAAAUCUUCAAAGCGUGAUAACCGACCCAGCUCAGGCUCUGAGCACAGCUUCUGUAGCCAAAAAUCCUUUGAUCGGGUUUCUAUUGGUAAAACUUUUCAAGCUCAAACCAACCAACCCAAGAGCAACAGCAACUCGCACAAAAGCAACGGUUCCAGUGGGUACAGCUUCCACAAGAGCUAUGCCAACAGUCAUGCUUCUCAUAGCAACGGGUCUCAUGGUGGAUUGUCAGGGAGAUCAAGUGUUAGUGACAUCAUGAGUGACAAGGCAGAGUCUGUGGGAUCAGUGGGGUCAAGGAACAGAGGGCAGGGGAGGCUGGCGACAGUGGGGCAGUCGGGGUCAGACGGGUCAGAGGGGAUAGCCUACCCAGGGAGGGAAACUCUGCAGCAGAUUAGGACUCUGGUCAGUCUGGGAGGGCAUUCAGAUAACGACUCCUUCUGACCAGAGAAGUAUGUAAAAAAUGUCUUUAGGUGCCUUCUGCUUUAAGUGCUUUAGAUUUCCUCCAUAGGCUGUUAAUCACUGAAGGAAUGUCUGACGAAAAUUAGUUCUUCAUUUCAAAGUCUAGUUUAAUGCAAAUUCAUGUUGGAGUUGAAAGUAUGUGUAGCAGCUUAGAUCCAUAGUAGAGGAAAGUAUACGUUUCAUAGAAAUAUAAUCUAGCCACUUAUUGGGAAACAUGUAAAAAUGGUUUGUACAUACAUUUGAAUCCUUCUCUGAAGAAUUAAAGGUUGUAUGGGGUAUCUGUUUGAGUUCCAAGCCAAAACCUACCUCAGCUUCAUUCUGUUUCAUAUCCACAAAUCAAGUUCACCCAAAAUUAUUCUGUUCUUUUACGAAGCUCUUGAACCUAAGAGAGAGAUCAGAAAUGAAAAACUUCUCUUUAACCUGUUGUUUUUUUGCACAUUUUUUUUUACAAUUUAAUGCAGAGAUCUGUGAUUGAUAUUCAAUUUACCCCCUUAUUAGCUCUGAUAAAUGAGAAUUGUUCUCUUUGUUUUGACUUUCUUCACUGUUCUGAAGUGUAUGUUUUUUUAAAUAAACAUGACAGCAGCUGGUUGUUUGAAGCUGCUGACUGUAUUGUUAAAAAAGUCAAAUUCUAUGUCAAAGUUCUUAAUGUUGAAUUUUUCAACACCACCAUCUACAAUAUAGUUCUAUUCAGCUUUUUUACAUAUGCAUUACUGAAGGCUAUAUAGGUCAUCUUCAAUGUGUUGCCCCUGAAAGGUUGCGCAAUAACCUUGUUUUUAGUUAGAUCUAUCCCUCAUGCUUCACAUGUUCCGAGAAUUUAACCAUCUCUACUCUCACUUUUCCGUUCCAUCUACCUCGUCAUCUUGUAGAGCUAUGCCAGAGAAAUAUUUUGGACCUGUGUCUUAUAGCUUUUCUGGAGGCAGCACCCCAUUGUGUAGCAUGCAGUUCCCCUGAGAGGACAGAAAUCUGUUCACAACAUUAUGCUGUUGACAGUCUCUUUUGGCGCUGUAUCCUAAGAAACACAAAAACAUGCUUGAAGCACGACUCUGUGGGUUAGAGUGGGACACAGUGUUCUGUUGGUGUAUGUGUUUUUCAUUAUGAUGGAGCAUAAGACACUCACUACAGCCAGAACUUCCACUCAGUAAUACAGUAAAGGAGCGCAGAUAUGUGAACCAGUUCAAUUUGAAAUCUGAAGUAUAAAGGAUUUUUGAUGGUAAUGUUAUUUAUAGUGCCUCUUUUUUGAUUUGCUAGAGUGUAGAAAUGUUUUUUUGCUGUCGGAAAUGCAUUUGAAGGUAAGAUGAAAAGGGGAAAAAAAAACAACUUUACUUUUUAAGUGAUGAAUGUGUACCCCAUGAGACAUCAGUCUGGACUGAACUAUGAUGUCCAGGAUAAGGACUAACAGCCUAACAAGACAAGAAAUGAAACAACUCUAGCAACAGGAUCACUGCUGGUACUAGACUUAACCUUGUCUUUAAGCUUCAAGUUACAGGGAAAGGUCUUCAGCAAGGUGCUCAUGUAUCACCCAGUCCUGAUGCAUUUUGUUCAUCUGAAGUGAGGCAGUGUAAAUUUUGAAACUUCUUUGUCUCGCGAAAAGUAUUUGAAUGAAUGUCAAUCUACUAAAGAUAAAUAAACAACACUCAGGAA